CUUCUUUUGGAUACUUGGUGUCGGCGGCGCCGCGCACGGCAAAUGGAGUGGGUUCUCGCGGAAACGCUGCUCUCUCAGAGCCAGGAUUCUCGCGUCCUGCUUGGAGCGCUGUGCCGCGGGGAGCCGUCCGCGGAGCGUGUGGAGACGCUGCGAUUUCUCCUCCAGCGGUUCGAGGACGAGGAAGCGCGUCCCGCGGCGUUCCUACAGGAGGCGGCGCGCGAUGUCGCAGCCGGGUACCUUAUGCCGCUUUUGCGGUGCCUGCGCGGCCGCCUAGCCACGAGCCCUGGCUCCGACCUGCCGCCCGGCCACAGCCGCCGUGUCCUGAGGGCGGCGGGCGGGGCUCUGCGCUCAUGCGCCCGCCUCGCUGGGGGCCCGCAGUUGGCGGCUGCGCUGGCUGCGGAGGCCCUGCGCGACCUGCUCGCUCUGCGGCUGGAGUCCGGCCACGAGGGGGUCCUUCGGAAUCCUUCCGUCGGACAUGGCGGGCUGGGAGCCGAAGCGGCCGUGGAGGUCCUGGUGGCGGUCAGCCCCUGUCUGCGGCCCCGCGAGGACGGGGCGCUGCUGGAGCGGGUGGCGCAGGCCGCCCUUGCCCUGGCUCUGGGCGGGGUUGAGGAAGAGGCCGGGCCCGCCGAGGAGACAGCGGCACUGGCGGCCGGGCGGCUCCUGCCAGCGCUGGGCCAGUGCGGAGACGCGGCGCUGCGGGCCGUGUGGGAGGGGCUGCGCGCCCUGGCUGCGCCGGAAUGGCCUCCGGGCGGGGACUCCCGGUCGCACCUCGUCGGGCGCAAGCUGCUGGUGCUGGGCUGCUUGGCAGAGAAACUUCUGCCGGACCCCGGCGUGGGCCGAAACCCUCGCGCUCUAGAGGCGGGCCUGGAUGCCCGGCGGUGCUGGCACUUUUGGAGGACUGUGCAGGAAGGGCUGGCCCAGGCCGAGGAAGCGCUAACGCGCAAGAGAGCGCGCUAUCUGCUGCAGAGAGCGGUGGAGGUGUCAGUGGAGCUGGGGGCCGACUGCGUUUGCCACCCCCAGGAAGGAAACGGCCCAAGUCUGUUUUGGUGGUCUGAGAAGAAAAAAGAUGAGCUUCUAAAGUUUUGGGAAAACUAUAUUUUAAUUAUGGACACUCUAGAAGGAAAUCAGAUACAUGUUAUAAAGCCAGUCUUACCAAAGCUGAACAAUCUAUUUGAAUAUGCAGUGUCAGAGGAAAAUGGAUGUUGGCUCUUUCAUCCUUCCUGGCAUAUGUGUAUUUAUAAAAGAAUGUUUGAAAGUGAAAAUAAAAUCCUGACCAAAGAAGGUGUUAUUCAUUUUUUGGAGCUCUAUGUAACAAAAAGUCUUCCAUUUUCACCAGAAUUUUCCGAGUUUAUCGUUGGACCAUUAAUGGACACACUUUCAGAGAGCUCUCUAUAUAGCAGGUCCUCAGGCCAGCUAAUAGGAAGUGGUUCUCCAUUGGGAUUCAAAUUACAGAAGUUUUUAGUCACUUAUAUUUCUCUUCUUCCAGAAGAAGUAAAGGGUAGUUUCCUAUUAAAGUUUAUUCAGAAGAUGACAAGUAGACAUUGGUGUGCUAUUCCCAUUUUGUUUUUAUCUAAGGCGUUGGCAAGUGUCCCAAAAUGUAAAGCCCUGGGUGUAGAAGGGCUUCUUGCUCUCAGGGAUGUUCUUCAGUGUACUAUGAUCACACAUCAGAUUCUAUUGAGAGGGGCAGCUCAGUGCUUUCUUCUUCAGACAGCUAUGAAUUUGGUAGAUGUGGAGAAAGUGUCAAUUUCUGAUGUCUCAGCUUUUCUCAUGUCUUUGAGACAAGAGGAGUCCUUAGGACGAGGAACUUCUUUGUGGACAGAGCUCUGUGACUGGUUGCGUGUUAAUGAAAGCUGUUUUAGGCAAUCCCCAAAUUGUAGCUCCGUAGGACUUCAUGAGACGUCUUCUUUAAAUGCUUAUGUAAAGAACCUAGUUCAAGAGUAUGUUAAGUCGCCUGCUUGGAAAACAGGAGACAACUGCUCUAUGCCUGACUGGUUUGAAGCCAAGCUUGUUGCUAUGAUGGUUGUGCUGGCUGUAGAUGUAGAACAAAUGAAGAAUCAAUAUAGUGAAAAGCGGAGGAUACAGAAUGUAUUAAGGAUAUUCUUAGACCCUCUUCUGGAUGCUCUUAUGAAGUUUGGUACAAAUGUCUACAUACCUUUGCUGAAAACUGACAGAUGCCUCCAGCUGCUGAUGAAGUUAUUGCACACUUGCUUGUUGAAAGGUUCCAGUACCCAAGAUGAUGAAGUGUUUACUCUUCUUCAGAACUUCAUAAUGUCUACUACAGAGAGCAUUUCUGAAUUUAUUCUUAGACGACUUACUAUGAAUGAGCUAAAUAGUGUUUCAGAUCUGGAUCGUUGCCAUUUAUACCUGAUGAUAUUAACUGAGUUUAUAAAUCUUCAUUUGAAGUUUGGGUGGAAAAGGGGUAACCCCAUUUGGAGAGUUAUUUCUCCUUUGAAAAAUGCAUCCAUUCGGCACCUUCAGGACAUGGGUAGCGGACAGGAACCAACACUUGGUAGACAGAUUCAGAGAGUGGUUAGUAUGGCUGCUUUGGCCAUGGUAUGUGAAGCCAUUGAUCAGAAGCCAGAAUUACAGCUUGAUUCUCAGGAUGCUGGACCCAUGGAAAGGUUCCUUUCCUCUUUUCAACUCAAUCAGACAUUACAGAAGCCUCACAUAGAAGAGCACAGCAGUUUUUUUGAUGACUCUUCAUCUUCCCAAGGAUGGGGGAAAAUAGUUGCACAAUAUGUUCAUGAUCAGUGGGUCUGCCUCUCUUUCCUCUUGAAAAAAUACCACACCCUCAUACCAACCACAGAGGGUGAAAUUCUGGAACCCUUUUUACCUGCUGUUCAAAUGCCAAUAAAGACUUUGCAAUUUGCACUAGAAGCCCUCACAAUUCUUCCUUCGGAUCAGAUUUUACCUGUCUUUCAGUGCAUGAAAAUUGUGGUUCCCAAGCUUCUGACCUCCUCUGAAUCACUCUGCAUAGAGUCUUUUGACAUGGCUUGGAAAAUUAUAUCUUCUUUAAGCAACACUCAGCUGACAUUCUGGUCUAAUUUAAAAGCUUUUGUUCAGUUUGUUUUUGAUAACAAGGUUCUUACCAUUGCUGCAAAAAUCAAGGGCCAGGCAUAUUUCAAAAUAAAAGAGAUUAUGUAUAAGAUAAUUGAAAUGUCUGCUAUAAAAACUGGAGUCUUCAAUAUGCUGAUAAGUUAUUGCUGCCAAUCUUGGAUAGUUUCUGCUUCAAAUGUGUCCCAAGGUUCCUUAUCAAGUGCUAAAAAUUAUUGUGAACUUCUCCUUGAAGCAUGUGUAUUUGGAAAUGUGUUUAGGCGUGAUCAAAGACUUAUUCAAGAUGUACAGACCUUCAUAGAAAAUCUUGGACAUGAAUGUGCAGCAAACAUUGUUAUUGAAAAUACUAAAAGAGAGGACCAUUACGUGAGAAUCUGUGCUAUCAAAUUCCUGUGUUUAUUAGAUGGCUCAAAUAUGUCCCAUAAGUUGUUUAUGGAAGAUCUUGCAAUCAAGCUGUUAGAUAAGGAUGUAUUGGUAUCCAGGUCAAGAACUCACUACUAUGUGAAUUCUCUACAGCAUAGAGUGAAAAAUCGAAUAUGGCAGACUCUGCUUGUACUUUUCCCCAGAUUUAAUCAGAAUUUCUUGAAUGGGAUUAUUGACAAGAUUUUCCAAGCUGGCUUCAUCAAUAAUCAAGCAUCCAUAAAAUAUUUCAUAGAAUGGAUUAUUAUAUUGAUUCUUCAUAAAUUCCCACAAUUUCUUUCAAAGUUCUGGGAUUGUUUUUCUUAUGGUGAAGAAAAACUUAAAACAAGCAUUUGUACAUUUUUAUCAGUGUUGUCACAUUUGGACAUUAUUACUCAAAAUAUGCCAGAAAAGAAAUUAAUUCUGAAGCAAGCCCUUAUUAUCAUACUGCAAUGGUGUUUUAAUCACAAUUUUAGUAUUCGACUCUAUGCCUUAGUUGCCCUUAAGAAAAUAUGGAGCAUGUGUAAAACAUUACAUGUUGAAGAAUUUGAUGCUUUGACUCCUGUUAUUGAAUCUAGCCUUCAUCAAGUAGAAAACAUGCAUGGAGCAGGGAAUGCCAAGAAGAAUUGGCAACGCAUCCAAGAGCAUUUCUUUUUUGCAGCAUUUCACCCACUUAAGGAUUAUUGUCUGGAGACCAUAUUUUACAUCCUUCCACGCCUUUCAGGUCUUGUUGAAGAUGAAUGGAUUGCUAUUGGUAAAUUUACCAUGUUCACUGACAUUCCUUUAGAUGCAGGAUUUCAGUGCUACCUUUCUCAAACUCAACUUUGUGAACUAAAGCCAGGUGACUGGUCUCAGCAGGACAUAGGAAUAAAGCAGAGCUCUUCUUUCUAGUCUCUUCUUUGUCUGGGUGGACAUCACUUCAUCUGCUCUCUCCUUUCUUACGUAUCUUCAACCUUCCUUUUACACUGACUACUUCCCUUCAGUUUUUUCUAGAACCUACAUUUCUUCUCUAUCUCUUGCCUACCUCCUCCUCCUCCCCUUCUCACUCAAGCUGGUCUAAAAAACAAAGGAUCAGGUUCCCCACCCCAUUUUUAAGAUCACAACUAUUCUUGGCAGACUAGCCUACAUUCUCAUCAUUUUUGUCACUCACAUUUCUUCCUUAUUUAUGUCUUCCUAACCUGUAGCCACCAUUGAAGCUGCUUUCAGGAAAUCAUCAGUUUCCUUCCAGUUACAAAACCUAAAUGGACACUUUUUUCUUCUGAUCAUACCUGACCUUUCUGCAGCAUUUAUUUGCCACUCUCUUGCUAUCCUGGUUUUCCUUCUAAAUCUGACUCUUCUCACUGUCUUUUAUGAGUUUCCCUUCCUCCACUUGUCCCUUACAUUUGCAGUUCUCUAAAAUUUUGAUGUUUUCAAGAAUCACUUUGAUAACCUGUUAAUUAAAAGUGCAUGUUGUUGGGUUCUAAACUUGUAUUUUGAUUCAUUACAUCUGGAGGAGGAUUCUGGGAGAGCGCAUUUUUUUAUCAGGCACUCUAGAUGGUUCAGUAACACAUUUUAAGACAUAUUGCUGUAAAUUUAUUAAUUUGAUAAAUGUUUAUUGAUUUCUUCCUGUGUGCUAGGCAUAAGAUCAAGUCCCUGCCCUCAUGGAGCUUACAUUCUUAUGGGGGAGAUAACCAUAAGCAAAUAUAAAAUAUAAUGUGAGAUAGUAAAAAGUUAACUAUGAAAAAAAUAAAGCACAGUAUAGAGAUAGUGACAAUGAGUUUGAAAGGCCUUUCUAAGGAGUUUGAGGAGAGACCUAAAUGAAGUGAUAGAGCAAGUGAAGCAAAGAUCUGGGGGAGAACUUUCCAGGAGUAGAAAAGAGCAAAUGUGAAGAUUUUGAGGAAAAAAGAUGUCAGCAAAGAGCCAUUGCAUUAGUGUGGUGGGAAAAGCCUUACUCGAAUGGGUUGAGUAGACACUGAGAGGAAUAGAAAUAGGUACAACAUAUAUAGACAGCUCUUUUGAAUUUUGCCAUAGAGCAACAGAGCAAAGAAAUGAAGUAUCAACUGGAAGGGGAAGAGAUUAAAGAGGUGUUUUUCCUUUUUGUUUUGUUUGUUUUUGGUAAAGAGAGGCAUAGUGCAAUAGGGUUUUUAUGUUGAGGCUUACAUGUUACCCCUGAGUUGUUUCAUUGGUCUGUUUUUUUCCUCCUUCUGCCUGAACAGUUUUAUUAAUUCCCACAGCUUGAAACAACCACCUAUACAACUGUAAUUUUGAAAUAUUUAUCUUACCUAGGCUGUUUCCUGAGUCUCCUGGACAUUUGGAUCCAGCUAUUCCAUAAGUUUUUUUUUUUUUUUUUUUUUUUAGGUCU